GUGUCCCGUCUACACGGAGCACAGACAGACAGCAGGGAACAGCUGCAGCAUUAGGUUCGCGUAGGAUUUCACUGCAUUGCGAUUUAAAAAUAUCAAUCAUUUCAUCCCCAAAAACUCAAGUAGAGCAGCUCGACUAAGCAACCAAAUAUCAUUUUUUAAAAAUGGUUGAUCGCGAGCAGCUGGUGCAGAAAGCCAGGCUGGCUGAACAGGCUGAGAGAUAUGAUGAUAUGGCAGCUGCUAUGAAAUCGGUAACAGAGCUGAACGAGGCCCUGUCCAACGAGGAGAGGAACCUCCUUUCUGUGGCCUACAAGAACGUGGUGGGGGCCCGCCGCUCCUCCUGGAGGGUGAUCUCCAGCAUUGAGCAGAAGACCUCGGCCGAUGGCAAUGAGAAGAAGAUUGAGAUGGUGCGAGCCUACAGGGAGAAGAUUGAGAAGGAGCUGGAGGCCGUGUGUCAAGACGUGCUCAACCUCCUGGACAACUUCCUGAUCAAGAACUGCAGCGAGACGCAGCAUGAGAGCAAAGUAUUCUACCUGAAGAUGAAGGGCGACUACUACCGGUACCUGGCCGAGGUGGCCACGGGGGAGAAGAGGGCCACGGUGGUGGAGUCGUCGGAGAAAGCCUACAACGAGGCCCAUGAGAUCAGCAAGGAGCACAUGCAGCCCACCCACCCCAUCCGCCUGGGCUUAGCUCUCAACUACUCUGUGUUUUACUACGAGAUCCAGAACGCCCCGGAGCAGGCCUGUCAUCUGGCCAAGACCGCCUUCGACGACGCCAUCGCCGAGCUCGACACCCUCAACGAGGACUCCUACAAAGACUCCACUCUCAUCAUGCAGCUGCUCCGAGACAACUUGACACUGUGGACAAGUGACCAGCAGGAUGACGAGGGAGGGGAGGGCAACAAUUAAAGAGAAACCACACUUCGAAAAAAAAAUAUAUGAAGGGCCGGUGGACUUUGGCAGCCGCUUUUGCCGAUGAUACCGCAGCAGCAGUUCUUUAUUUUUCCAUGUGUUACAAGAAAAGAAUCAAAAGAGAGGUGAGAGUGGAGGUUAAAUCUUAGUUUAAAUAUAUAUAGAAAUAUAUAUACAGUUGAAAGGGGCCUCCGUCUUCUUGAUUUUCUCUUUGACAUUUGCCAAAACCACUGAUAUGUCAGUCAAUCAGCCUGAAGUGGUUGUUGUUGGAUUGAAAUGGCAGCCUCACACUGGCAUAGGAACUGAUCUUGUUCUGUCAAGAUAAGCUGCUUAGUUAGGUUUUUGCGUGAUAGAGAUGCAUUUGAGUAACUUGAGAGAGAAAAUGCUUGAAUGGGAAUGCCUCACAAAAAUAGUUUGCAUUGGUUCCAGUAGUCUAGUUAUGAGAUAAGGGGCCCUGAAAGAUGUUAAACUCACACAAACAAAGAGAAAAGAGUAAAUGAGUUAACCAGUUGAACCCCACACCAAAAAAAUAAAUAAAAAAAUUAAAGGAUAAAUUAGACAGUAGUGAAAAUGAGGACUUGAUAAGAUAAUAAUAAUAAUAAUAAUAAAAUUGACUCCCCUCGUCAAAGUACAGAUUAGUCUGUCACUGGAACCAUAGGUUCUUUUGGAGGUGAAGGUUAUUAAAGGCAGAGACUUAACGAUAUUAAAACACAAAAAAAAAGUUACAAAAAAAAAAUAAAAAAAAUAAAAGCAGCUUCAGAGUUUGUGGUUUACUUCUGUGUUUGUUUUAUUAAAUGCACUUGCCUACUAUACUGUUUCUUCAGUGUAAGAUGAUGACAACAAUAAUAUUCAAUAUUGUGCAUGCUGGUGAUGUAUUUAUAUACAGUAGCUUGACUUUAUUAACUUAUACUGUGGGUGUUAAGUAUUCAUCGGAUUGAGAAAAACCGGCUUUGUCUGAUUUUCUGAUUUCUAAUUUAUUUUGUUAUGGUUUUUUGAUUUGCUAUACCAAAAUGGUGAUCGUAAAAAUUGACCUGUAAUGGGCGUUGCUAUAGUGACAUGCAAUAUGUGUAUUUAAUUUGUUACCGAGAGAAAAAAAAGGAAGAUUUAAAAAAAAAAACUCACCAGUGAUCACUUAAUCUUACCAGCUGGUGUUUGUCACAUUAAAGUAUGAUUAUGAUAUAUUUUGAACAGUAUUUAAGUAUUUUUUUUCUGUCAUGCUAUCCAGUUUUAAUAAUGGUGAAGUUUUCAGGCUCAGUGUUCUGUUAUGAAUUCACAAACAUGGACCAUAUUUUAUUUCUGACCGUUUUUUUUGUUUGUUUGUUUUUAUACCUUUUAGCUGUUCCUGAGUGACAAAAUAUCUUGAAUGUGAGUCAUUAUGUAGCAGUUGCACAAGAACCGAAAUAAUAGCUAUGAUAAUAAAAAAGAAUAUGACUAAAUUAUACAUGCACCAUUUCUGUGGUGGUCUAGUGUAUUGUUGUAUCGUCACCCAUAAGAAAAGUUUGUUUUUAAGGAAAAACCAUGAUGUUUGGACAGUUGGUUUGAGUACAGUAUGUGCUUUAUUUUUGUGCCUGUAUCAUUAUUUAAUAUGCCUCAUGUGCAAGAAAAAAAGGAUUUAUCUGCCAGUAUUUUUAAGUUACUGCAAGCAUGUGUGCAAGAUGUAAUAUUUUCCUCACUUUGACAUGUGUCUGCUCUCUGUACAGCACAUAGAUAUGAAUAUUCAACACCAAUGCACAACAGGGAAUGCAUAGGCAAUUCAACAGAAUUGGUUAUCGAUUAGCAAAUGUGAUUCUUCAGAACAAACUUUAGAUGGUUAGGAAGCUGCUCAAGAGCACAGAAAGCUGCUGAACAGAUUUAUCUCCAUGAUGCUGCUACUUCUAUAGAUUAUUACAUUAAUAUAUUCAUACAGAUGGCAGUUUUCGGGGCUUUAUUUUUCCUAUUAGAUGGCAGGUAUUUGGGGGGGAGUUUAUUUUCUAAUCUCAGACAUGAUGGCUUAAGAGAGAAACCAAAAGCCUUAAGGUCAGUCACACAACCUUGUGCAUGUAUGCCAGUUAAUUCAUUAUUUCACCAUCAUGAGUCAGCCUCUGUGAGCUCACACUGUAUGUCACGGCUGAUUUGAUUUAUUUUUAACGAAAUAUAAAGCUGAUGGUCGUAAAGGCGCACCAGACAAAAAGCAUGAAAUCAUGAUGCCAAUCUGCUCACACAGGUCAGAAUCAAAUCCUUUAUUUUAUUUUUUGUGUGUUUAAAAAGUUAACUGAAUUAUUGUUUGAAUAUUUUUUAAAAAUGUCAGGAGACUUUCACUCAUUGCCAAAAAUACAUGCAUUGUGUUCCUUUUUAUUAUUUUUUCUUCUGUGUAAUUUUAUUUUUUUAAGUUUUUAUUAUUUGGGAUGUUGAUCCUUGUUUCUGCUGUGACAUGAAAAAAUACAAGAAAUGGGGAGAAAAGAAUUUUAAUCACAAAUUAGAUUAAAAGAAGAGCUGACCUGCUGGGAAUAAGCAAGAGGGGGCAAUAGGAAUACAAACUGUAUGCUCUGAGGAACUUUUUGGUUGCCAUCUGUUGCCCAUUAAAGUUAUUUGUUUAUCGUUA